UUCACUUUGGUAUUUUUCUUGCUGUUUGCACGCACAAAUAAAAACGCAAUGCUUCUGGAGCGCGAGGACAGCUUCAUGUCGGAGUUCGAGGACGCGUGCAGCGCCUGGGUGGACAGCGUGGGUUCGAGCCCCAGCGACGGAGCCGACUCCGACGUGGGAUCACCUUUCUGCCAAGUGUUCUCUCCGGGAACCGACGCCUCGGACUCGGAUUUCUUCUCCGACUUCAGCGACUGCUCCUCGGACGCGCUCUCUCCGUCGCUCGGCUGCACCGGCAGCUUCUUCCCCGAGCCGGCGGCGCCCCCCCCUGCGGCGGGGCUGAGCAGCACCGCGGACGCGAUCCUCAGCAUGAUCACGGAGAUCGUCGGGAUCUGCACCGAGAUGGAGCACGAGGUGACCCCCCCCCCUCCGGCCCCCGUGGUGGUGAAGAGCGAGUUCACGACCUCCGUGAGCGGGUGUGCUCACUCCUCCGUGGACGAGGCUCUCCUCCCGCUGGCGGCUCUGGAGCAACAGGUGGAUGUGGCCGCCUUCCUGGACUCCCUGCUGAGCUGCGAGGCCGGGCAGGUGGAGCUGAAGCAGGUGGAGCUGAAGCAGGAGCCUCUGGGGCUGGAGGACUGGCUGAAGAGCCUGGUGCCGGUUACCGGGGGAGAUCCCGGUAGCUACGUCAUCAGCAGGCCAGUCAAGACGGAGCAGAGCGAGCCCCCCUCCCUCCCCUCCACCCUGGACGCUCAUCUGCUCUCCUCCCUCCUGCAGGGCGCGUUCCCGAUAGUCAACAACGGGGGCGCGCACGCCACGGGAGCCCCCAAGCCGUCACGCGGGGGCAGGAGAGCUCCCGCGAAGAACGGACCGAAAGUGAAACCCUUCCCGUGCUCCGUGCACGGGUGCGAGCGCCGCUUCUCGCGCUCGGACGAGCUCAACAGGCACGUGCGCAUCCACACGGGACAGAAACCCUUCCAGUGCACCAUCUGCGCGCGCAGCUUCAGCCGCAGCGACCACCUGACCACGCACACGCGCACGCACACCGGGGAGAAGCCCUUCUCCUGCGACGUGUGCGGCAAGCGCUUUGCGCGCAGCGACGAGAGGAAGAGGCACGGCCGCGUGCACGUCAAGCAGCAGCUGCGCGCGCAGAUGAUGGCCGCGUACUCCCUGGCCCUGAACGCGCCCGCAGUCUGA